CUUCGAUCUUCUGUCCAUUUGGUCAAUGCAAUUUCUACUCUUUGGCAUCCCCUUCUGAAGUCUGGUAGAGGCUAGAGGAAGUAAAGAAAGUGAAAAUUGUUGAACACAUCCACGCAGUUAGCUAUAUAGUAUCAGAUACUGAGUUGCCGACCUCCGAGAAUCGUAAGAAUAUCAUUCUACUGAUGAACGAGAGAGAUGAUGGACACCGGGGUGCAGAAUAAGCGACCUGGGCGUGUUUCCAUGGCAACCGUGAUGCUGUUCAUGGGUGUAGCACUUUUUAUGAUCCUGCUCCAACCAGCUGGAGGGCAGCCUCAAGAGCGGUCCCUCUUGGCCAUACAAGAAGGAACAGAGGACGGAGCGGAAGAGACAGAAAACACCUUAGGUGAGGCUCGGGUUGACAGAAGGCAUGUCCGAGACGUGCACUACGUGCCACAAUACAUUCCGGCUGGCAUUGACCCAAUCAGAGUUUGUGUGAGAUAUUGCUCAACUAGCCGCUGCCAUGGAUGGUGGUGGAACAGACGUCGUCGCUGCCAUGUGAGACGUUACUGCUGCCAGCACUGGUUUAAUGGCUGGUUGAUCUAACUACAAA